ACUCGGGACCUUUUCAUUACCUCUAAGGAAAGGGAAGGGAAAGGAAAGGAAAUCACUCAAAGAAACCCGCAGUGACUGCCACGUGUCUGCUAUUUCUUCGCGGUGCAAAAUUUUCUCGGGAAAGUCUUUCCCAGAAUCUAGUGACCGGGAGACUGGAGACCUUUUCAUUACCUCCAGGACAGGGAAGGGAAAGGAAAGGAAAGGAAAGGAAAUCACUCGAACAACCUCUUGAAACCCGCAGUGACUGCCACGUGUCCGCUCUUUCUUCGCGGUACAAAACAUUGGCCCCACAUUAACAGAAAUAUUCGUACAAUUACGAAGAGUCCUCUCCCGUCCACUUCCCUGCUUCACCCUCUCCCUUCCUUUCUUCUUCUUUUUCUGUCUCUCAUUUGUCUCGCAUUCUCUCUCUGGUUCUGUAUCUCCAGCUUUGUCUAUAUAUCAAGUGUUUCUUCUUUGUUCUUAGUACUCCUGUGUUUCUGGCUGAUAAGAUGACGGAUACAACGGACGAUAUAGCUGAGGAAAUCUCGUUCCAGAGCUUCGAGGAUGACUGCAAAUUGCUUGGGAAUCUUCUCAACGAUGUGUUGCAGAGAGAAGUUGGGAGCAAGUUUAUGGAGAAACUCGAAAGGAAUAGAAUCCUUGCUCAGCACAACAGAAGAAGACAGUAUUUGGUGCACAUUAUAAUGCCUUUGGAGAACACGAACAAAUUGUCUAUAAGAAGCAGUGCUUGUAAUAUGCGGUUGGCGGGUAUCGAGGGUACAGCUGAGCUGCUAGAAAAGCAGCUAGCAUUGGAAAUGUCGAAGAUGUCAUUAGAGGAAGCCUUGACGCUUGCCCGUGCGUUUAGCCAUUACCUCAAUCUGAUGGGAAUUGCAGAGACCCACCACAGGGUCCGUAAGGGAAGAAAUGUUGCACAUCUGUCAAAAUCUUGCGAUGACAUUUUUGGGAAGCUGGUGCAGGGUGGAAUUUCCCCAGAAGAGCUUUACAAUACUAUUUGCAAGCAGGAGGUUGAAAUUGUUCUUACUGCACAUCCCACUCAAAUUAAUCGGCGUACUUUGCAGUAUAAACACAUCAGAAUUGCCCAUCUUUUAGAUUAUAACGACAGGCCUGAUCUUAGCCAUGAAGAUCGAGAAAUGCUGAUUGAAGAUCUGGUAAGAGAGAUAACUUCAAUAUGGCAGACAGAUGAGCUUAGGCGUCACAAACCCACACCUGUAGAUGAAGCUAGGGCUGGCCUGAAUAUUGUGGAGCAAUCUCUCUGGAAAGCUAUACCUCAUUACUUGCGGCGUGUCAGCAAUGCUUUAAAGAAGCAUACAGGGAAGCCACUUCCCCUAACUUGCACACCAAUAAAAUUUGGAUCUUGGAUGGGGGGUGAUAGAGAUGGAAACCCAAAUGUCACUGCAAAAGUCACAAAAGAUGUAUCUCUGUUAUCUAGGUGGAUGGCUGUUGAUCUCUACAUAAGGGAAGUGGAUAGCCUCAGGUUUGAACUAUCCAUGAACCGUUGCAGUGAUGAGCUGUCACGAGCGGCGCAUGAAAUUCUUGAAAAAGAAACUUCAUCGGAGGAUCGCCAUGAGAGCUGGAACCAACCUUAUGGCAGAAGUCAAUUGAAGCUUCAUAGCCAACAGGCUCCACCCUUUCCUACACAACUUCCUGCUAGAGCUGAUCUACCCUCUUGCACAGAAUGCAAUGACAGUGGAUCGCACUAUCCAAAACUAGAAUUUCCUGGGACUGAUUACAAGCCGUUGAACUGUCAGGAUGGUCUGGGGACUUCCGACGUGGAAAUUUCUUUUCAGAAUUCCAAUCAAAGUUCAGACAAAGUUGCAAAUGGAAACACUGUCACUUCUAAUGGUUCUCAGCAAGUUGGGACACUGCGGAGUUCUUUCUCAUCUAGUCAACUCCUAGCUCAGAGGAAACUAUUUGCAGAGUCUCAGAUAGGAAGAUCCAGCUUUCAGAAGCUCCUUGAACCAAGGCUGCCAGAACGUCCAGGACUUGCCCCUUACAGAAUUGUUCUUGGGAAUGUAAAAGAAAAGCUCAUGAAGGCACGGAGGCGGUUAGAACUUCUUCUUGAGGAUCUUCCUUGUGAAUAUGAUCCUUGGGAUUAUUAUGAAACAGCAGAUCAACUUCUGGGACCAUUGCUUAUGUGCUACGACUCUUUGCAAUCAUGUGGAGCUGGGGUGCUAGCAGAUGGUCGACUUGCUGAUUUGAUUCGAAGAGUUGCUACGUUUGGAAUGGUGCUAAUGAAGCUUGACUUGCGUCAGGAAUCUGGUAGACAUGCCGAAGCACUAGAUGCAAUUACUCAAUAUUUGGAUAUGGGUACAUACAAUGAAUGGGAUGAAGAGAAGAAGCUAGAAUUCUUAACAAGAGAGCUGAAAGGAAAGAGGCCACUUGUUCCUCCUACUAUUGAGGUUGCUCCAGAUGUUCAAGAAGUCUUGGAUACUUUCCGUGUUGCUGCAGAGCUAGGGAGUGAUUCACUUGGAGCUUAUGUGAUUUCUAUGGCCUCAAAUGCAAGUGAUGUUCUAGCUGUCGAGCUCUUGCAGAAGGAUGCCCGACUUGCUGUUAGCGGCGAGUUAGGAAAACCAUGUCCUGGUGGAACGUUACGGGUUGUUCCCCUGUUUGAAACUGUUAAGGACCUUAGGGGAGCUGGUUCAGUGAUAAGAAAAUUAUUAUCAAUUGAUUGGUAUCUGGAGCACAUUAAAAAGAACCAUAAUGGACAUCAAGAGGUUAUGGUUGGAUACUCUGAUUCUGGUAAAGAUGCUGGGCGCUUCACUGCUGCAUGGGAGCUGUACAAAGCCCAAGAGGAUGUUGUGGCUGCAUGCAAUGAAUAUGGAAUCAAAGUUACUCUUUUCCAUGGUCGAGGAGGGAGUAUAGGCCGUGGUGGUGGCCCAACAUAUCUUGCCAUUCAGUCUCAGCCACCUGGCUCUGUAAUGGGUACCCUUCGGUCAACAGAGCAAGGAGAGAUGGUUCAGGCCAAAUUUGGCUUGCCACAGACUGCUGUUAGGCAACUAGAGAUAUACACAACUGCUGUGCUGCUAGCAACUGUACGUCCUCCUCUCCCGCCUCGAGAAGAAAAAUGGCGUAAUCUCAUGGAAGAGAUCUCAAAAAUUAGUUGCCAAAGUUACCGAAGCACAGUCUAUGAAAACCCAGAAUUUCUUGCUUACUUCCAUGAGGCUACACCUCAAGCAGAGCUUGGCUUCCUUAACAUAGGAAGCCGCCCAACUAGAAGAAAGAGCUCGAUAGGAAUUGGACAUCUUCGUGCCAUUCCAUGGGUUUUUGCGUGGACCCAGACAAGGUUUGUUCUUCCAGCUUGGCUUGGAGUUGGAGCUGGUUUAAAGGGUGUUUGUGAAAAAGGAUAUACUGAAGACUUAAAAGCAAUGUACAAAGAAUGGCCUUUCUUUCAAUGUACGAUAGACCUUAUAGAGAUGGUUUUAGGAAAAGCUGACAUUCCGAUAGCCAAGCACUAUGAUGAAGUGCUUGUGUCAGAGAGCAGGCAGGAACUUGGUGCUGAACUAAGGGGAGAGCUCUUAACAACAGGAAAAUAUGUGUUAGUGGUUAGUGGACACGAGAAAUUGUCUGAGAAUAAUCGGAGUUUGAGGAGACUGAUUGAGAGCAGACUUCCUUACCUCAAUCCUAUGAAUUUGUUACAAGUGGAAGUAUUAAAGAGGUUGAGACAUGACGACGAUAACCAUAAACUUAGAGAUGCACUGCUUAUCACCAUAAAUGGCAUUGCUGCUGGAAUGAGGAACACUGGCUAAAUUUUAGCUUCUGAGCACCAUCUUAUCUAUAAUUCUCUUCCUUCCUCUAUCUCUUGUUUUAUUCUAAAGGGCCAUAUCUUGAUAGUUUAAUGAUAAAGUAUUAUAGAUGUACUUGAGCUAGGUUUUGGUGUCAACUAUAUACAGAUAAUUUACUGUGGGAUUCUGUAAUUGAAUGUUUACAGCUUAAUUUUCUCCUCUCUGUAAAAAUUUCUUCAAGCCGUGUGUUAUAAUAUGGAUUUGGUUUCCUGCAA